UAAUGAUGUUAAAAGGAAAACGACGUCAAAAUGAAGGUCCUUGUGCUUUAUGUGGUCAACAAGGCACUAAUGAAAAGUUCAGAAAACUAACUGAAAACCUACUUGAGAGGGUAAAACAAAGUCCAGCAGAUGCUGUUCAACUUCAGAUUAACGAUCAGCUAUGUGCUAACAAUCGAUUGAAGAUGCGAUCACAAGAUAAAACGAAUAUAGUGGUAGCUGAGGCUGGGAUAAUUGAAGAAGAGGAGGAAUUAAUUGAAUCGAAUAAAGAAGAAGAGAUAGGUUUCGAGGAAAGUCUGCACAAUAAUGACGAACUGCUUGAUGAUUCGGAUGAAAAUAAAUUGGUGAAUAAAGAAAACCAGCUCAAAAAACUGAUUCAAAUAGCAGAAACAAAUUAUAUAUAUGAUGGUAAUGAUUAUGUUCAAAGUGUAGAGUUAGCGCAUAAUCAACCUGGGUUAAAUACAAUAAAGGAAUCUGAUAAUUUUUCAAAGCUUUUUGAGACACAGAUUUCUGAUCUUACUAAAGUACUAUAUAAUUAUCAACGUGAAGGAAAUCCGCCUAUUCUUGAUGUACAAGAAUUUAUUAAUGUAAUUGAAAGUCGAGAGCCAAAAUUAAAAGGGCUGUUUAACACACUUUUUUUAGCUAUGAACCCUGCGGGCAAAAAUCAACAAACUAAAAACUCUUUGUACAAAAAAGUUAUGUUGCUCUGUUACCAAAUAGCAGGGUUACGUAAUAAACAAAUAAGUAAUGUAAAGACUGAAAUUGGAUUAUUCAUGUUGAGAUCAGGAGCAUCUACAUAUUGUAUAAAUACUAUGGCUAAUAUGGGAAUAUGUUCAACUUACCAAACGGCUUUUAAUAAGCUUGAAGAGAUCGUAAAAUCUCAUGAACUAAGUGUUCAAAAAUACAUAAAAAAUCAUUCAAACAAUCUUAUAAUUGGUUGUAUCGAUGAUUACCAUAACAUUCAUGGAACACGUAUACCUAGUACGACCUCAAUUCCUCAAAUAGCUCAUAUGGCAACUGUACUGUUUAAUACAGCAGAAAUACCGCCAAUUCCUUUUUAUUCUGAACGUGGAUUUUCAGUUCAUAAUUUUAAUGGUAUAGACUCUGUUCUUCUUAGAACUAUUCUUUGGGAACAAUAUAUGAUUUCAUUUGCCCAUAGCUAUAAUUUUGAAAAAGCUAAUUGGAAAUGGAUUCGUGAUAUAAUGUUUACAAAUGAAUCUGAUCUUAUUGAAUCUUUGGUAGUACAUUCUUAUGAUGCCGAUAUUCCCAAAGAAUAUAAGCGUAAAUUUAAUCAAACAAAGCUUAUUGAUCUAAUACAACUGGAUUUAAAAAAUAUGAACAAUUAUAUUGAAGCUAUUAAAACAUUUAUAGGGUUCGUAAUAACAAGAUUUGGACUUUCAAAAGAUAUAGGAUAUAGAACAUUUUUAGAUUUACUAGAUAAUUUGAUACCUGCGACACUUGAUAUUUACACUAUCUUGUUUCGAGAAAAUCACUUUAAUGAAUAUGUUAGUACUGUAUAUAGACUAUGGAGUGUUAUGAAAAGAUUUAAUCGGCACAACUAUGAUAAAAUUUUACUUGCAUUUAUUUCAGAUGUUCAUUAUUGGAGGUUGACUGGACAUUCUAUAAUAGAUAUUUUGGAAAAUAACCUUCGACAAAAUAAUAAUUUUGCAAUGUUAUUUGCAUCUGAACGUAGUUAUCCAUAUACAAAAAAGGAUCUUGAUGAAUUAGCUAAAGCUACAGCAAUAUUUCUUUUAGAUUUUUUUGAAAACAUUUGGAAAUCUCAAGGCCAGAUAGAAAAAAGAAUUGAGGGAAAAACUGUUAAAAAAGUAUAUUAUUAUUUUCCAUAUAUUAAAUAUAGAUUUUCAUUAGGUGCUCUUCCACUUGGAUAUCAUUCACAAACUAUACCAAGCCAACAAAAACUUUGUGAUCGUAUUAAUUGUUUUGAAACAAUGGAUAAUAAGAUUAAGGUGUUAAUAUGCGGACAUGCUUAUCAUGAAAAAUGCUUUCAAUUGCAAGAAGAGGACAAAAAAAAUAAAUCAGAUACGGAUAGCACUUUACAAUCAGAUACAGAUAGUGCUUUACAGUCAGAAGAUUGUGAUUUUGAUAAAGCUGAAAUAUUGAUUUCAAAAACUGGAAAUGACAAUCAAUUAAAAGAAAAAAUAGCAG